AUGAAGGAGAAACAUGAUAAACAGAUGCAGCUGCAGCAGCUGACUCAUCAACAACAAAUGGAAAUGCUUCAUGAGAAAGAGAAGUUGAAAAUAGCAGGGGUUGAAGAGGUAAGUGUUAAGUUCAAAGGUCUACAAAUCCCGGCUUUUGAGGAUGGGAAGGAUGAAAUGGACAGCUAUUUACGUAGAUUUGAACGAUAUGCAGAAUUACAAAAGUGGCCAAAAACAUCUUGGGCUAUGAGUCUAAGUGCACUCCUUAAAGGUAGGGCUCUAGAUAUUUAUGCAUUAUUACCAGCAGAUGAUGCUUUAGAUUAUGACAAGCUGAAGAUAGCACUCCUUAAACGCAAUGAGCUAACAGAGGAUAGGUUUAAACACAAGUUCAAAUCAGCAAAACCAGAAACGGGUGAGACAUUCGUACAAUUUUCUGUUAGAAUGAGUAGUUAUUUGCUAAGAUGGUUGAAAGUGGCCAAAAUAGCAGAAACAUUUGAGGCAUUAUUUGAUUUAGUAUUGCGUGAUCAGUUCUUGAAUACUUGUAAAAGAGAUUUGACCUUGUUUCUUAAGGAGAGAACACCAGCGAGUAUACAGGAGAUGACACAAUUAGCAGACCAGUAUCGAGAGGCAAGGAUUACCAACGCUGCGACCCUCAGCUAUGUCAAAGGCAAUGAAUUUCAACACCAAGUUAAGUUUCGUUCUGGAAAUCACAAAGACUUUUCAGGUGAGAGGAAAAUACAAAAUUCAAACAAGUCAUUUGUUCCAAAAUCGGAAAGACGUUGUUUUAAAUGCAAUAGAAUAGGGCACAUUGCAUCAGAAUGCAGAUCAAAACCGAAGAUAACAGCUAAAACAACGCAAGAACCGAAGGAAAUCCAUGAUACUUCAUCUAGUAAGGAGGAACACACAGCAAAGGUAACAUUUGUAAGCACAAUGCCAACAGACACUGGAACCAAUUCUAAGAGUCUUGAUGCAUCAACAAGAGUUUCACCAUCAUGCUACCAACUGCAACACAACAUGCCAGUAUCAGCAGGUUUUGUUGAAGGUAAGCCAGUUACGGUACUAAGAGAUACGGGAUGCAGCGGCAUAGUGGUUCGAAGAAGUAAGAUUGAUGAAGCAAAUUUGAUUCAAGAUAAGUUUCAAACAUGCAUUUUGGCAGAUGGUUCAUCUAUUACAGUACCAGUUGCUUCCAUCUUUGUUGACACGCCCUAUAUUACAGGAACUUUUGAAGCAUGGUGUAUGGAGAAGCCAGUCUACGAUUUAAUCAUCGGGAAUGUAGCUAAGGUACGAGCACCUGGAGAUCCUGAUCCUGAGUGGUCAGAGGCAAAUGCUGUUGAAACCCGUCAACAAGCAAAGGUAAAAUUUAAACAGUAUCCUCAACUCAAUGUUCCAAAAAUACUUAACAUUCUAACAACAGACUGA